AUGACUUUAAUAGUGCCUUUUAAGCAAGUUGAUGUAUUCACAGAGAAACCGUUCAAAGGAAAUCCCGUUGCGGUGAUAAACUUCUUGAGUAUCGAUGAAAGUGAAGUUACUCAAAAUGAAUUACAAGCAAUUGCCAAUUGGACAAACUUAUCAGAAACAACUUUUUUAUUCAAGCCGUCCGACAAUAAAUAUGAUUACAAGUUGAGGAUUUUUAGCCCAAGAAACGAAAUGCCAUUUGCUGGACAUCCGACCAUUGGAUCUUGUAAAGCUUUCCUUGAGUUUACCAAAAAUACAACUGCUACUUCGAUUGUUCAAGAAUGUGGAGCGGGUGCGAUACCAUUAACAAUUAAAGAGGGGCUAAUCAGCUUUAAAGCUCCAAUAGCGGACUACGAAGGCAUCUCUAGUGACGUGAUUGCUGGUUACGAACAAGCGAUCGGCUUAAAAUUCGUUGCGGCUCCUGCCCUCCUGCACACAGGACCAGAAUGGAUUGUCGCGCUAGUGGACGAUGCAGAGACUUGUUUAAAUGCCAAUCCGAAUUUUACUAUGCUUGCAGACCAAACGAAUCAGAAUAAACAUGUUGGAAUUAUUUUGGCAGGUCCUAAAAAGAAUGCUUCAAUCAGAAAUUCCUAUGAAAUGAGGGCAUUUGCUCCAGUGAUAAACGUUAAUGAAGAUCCAGUGUGCGGAAGUGGCUCGGUGGCGCUUGCAAGAUAUCUACAAGAACUUUACAAUUUCGAAGAAUCCACAAGCAUUACUAUUUCUCAGGGAGGAAGACUGCAAAGGGAUGGUCAUAUUGUCGCUUCGAUUAUUCAAGAAGGAGAUGGUAACACCUCAUACCAUGUGGCAGGUCAUGCAAUUACUGUUAUCGAUGGUAAUAUCGCACUCUAA